AUGGCAAGUGGAUCGUCGUCCGAAACACAGUCGGCAAUCGCUCAGAAGACAUGGGAAAUGUCGAAUAACAUAGAAACUAUUAGCUCAGUGGAUGAAAUAUACAGAUAUGAUCGUAAGCAACAACAAGACAUACUUGCUGCGAAACCAUGGGAGAAAGAUCCCCACUUUUUCAAAGACAUCAAGAUAUCUGCCCUUGCACUUUUAAAAAUGGUGAUGCAUGCAAGGUCAGGUGGAACACUUGAAGUUAUGGGACUGCUUUUGGGGAAAGUGGAUGCCAACACAAUGAUAGUGAUGGAUUCAUUUGCACUUCCAGUUGAGGGCACAGAAACAAGAGUCAAUGCUCAAGCACAGGCUUAUGAGUACAUGACAGCUUACAUAGAAGCUGCAAAACAGGUUGGACGCAUGGAAAAUGCAAUAGGCUGGUACCAUAGUCACCCAGGAUAUGGAUGUUGGUUGUCUGGAAUUGAUGUAUCUACUCAGAUGCUGAACCAAAAUUUUCAAGAACCAUUUGUUGCUAUUGUUAUUGAUCCUGUUAGAACAAUUUCAGCUGGGAAAGUAUGCCUGGGGGCAUUUAGAACAUAUCCCAAGGGGUACAAACCAGCUAAUGAAGAACCAUCAGAAUACCAGACAAUUCCUCUGAAUAAAAUAGAGGACUUUGGUGUACACUGCAAGCAGUACUAUUCAUUAGAAGUGACAUAUUUUAAAUCAACUUUGGAUAGACGUCUUCUUGAUUCACUGUGGAACAAGUAUUGGGUCAACACCCUGAGCUCUUCGAGCCUCCUUACCAAUGCUGACUAUACCACUGGGCAGAUUUUUGAUUUAUCUGACAAACUUGAACAAUCAGAAGCUGCUCUGGGUCGUGGAGGAUUUAUGUUAUCAGGUGCUGAUCCGCAUGAAAAGCGUACAGAGGACAAAUUAAUGAAAGCAACAAAGGACAGCUGCAAAACUACCAUUGAGAUAAUUCAUGGCUUGAUGGCACAGAUGAUAAAGGACCGCUUGUUCAAUCACAUAAAACCCAAAUGUGACAUUUAAAAUUACUUAAGUUUUUAUAAACUUUUCUGUGGAUAGGUUCUCAGAGGUCCUUGUGACUGGAAAUGAUUGUACCUUGUUACAUCAGAGAACUGAUUGAACUACUUUAAUUUCAUGUUUGUAUGUGAUCUCAGACUUGCACAGUUACAUGCUGAUUGUGCAUCCAAGAGAGUACAUAAUGUUACACAAUUUAAUUUUGCCAGAGAAAUGUUUUUAUGUUCCUUGUCUCAUUGAGGUUAAAACUUCCAAGUACUAAUUACAGCUGAGCAGGUAACUUUGCAACAAGUUAGCUGCUUUCAAUAUCUAAACUCUUCCAAAUUAUGAUCAUGUUAUUGAGGCUUUUCAAAAUAAAAUAUUAUUUAUUCACUUCCUGUAAAUGCACCACUAUUUCUUUUGAUGUAGUUCAUGUACAAGUCUUUAUGUAGACUUUACAAUGCUUAAUUCAGUGAAAUGUGGUAUGUGAAACAAAGUUCAAACAUCUGUCAUACACUUCUCAAGUGUUGCCAUUAUCAUUUUUACUACAUGCUAGAUGGUUCAUUGAAUGUGUUCAAUUUUUGACAUAGAAUCAUUCCCCUGUGGUAAAACUAAAACUACAAGAAAUAAGUUUCUUUUUGAAAAGUACAUUUGAGUUAAAAAGUAUCAGUUUCAGACAUUAGGCAUUCAACUGCCUGUUGUGUAAAAUAGCAAUAAAUUUAAAAGUGCUCACCUACUAAAAGUGAAUCUAUAUGUAAAAUAAAAAAAGUGCACAAAAUCACUAAAGAACCAUUAAAGGCAAGCAGUAAAAUUACCUGCCGAUGAAACUAAAAGAAAAGAGAAAGGAAUGAGUAUUAUGGGGAAAUAAGGUGGGCUGAAACAUCUUCAUUUUCACUUCCAAUUCCAAGGAACAGUAUCCAAAGCAUGGUGUAACCAUUUUGGCGUUGGCUUCAUAUCAUUUCCAUAAACUGUUCCAAAUUAAAGAUGGCACAUUUCACUUAAUGAGCCUUGGCUGCCUCCAUGCUUCAUCUUUUGCACCAGUUCACCAUUACACCUUACAAAAGAAAAGGAAAUGCUUUAUGGGCUUUAUUCUUUUUCUCUUUUUAUCUUCACAACAAGAAGACAUAACUCUUGUUCUAGUAUUCCAAUUUUUAAACGCUCUUGCCAAGUACCUUUAUUACUAUAAAUACAACUUCAGUUUGUAAGUGUAUUCAACUUUGUUACAAGAGAAGACAUUCAUAACAUGGCUUCAGGAUGGUAAAAGCACCAUGAAGCAUCCGCCACAGGUGGUCAAGAAAAGAAAGCCCAGGUAUACAACGAAUUCCAACUUCAUUUUAGUCAAGAUAAUAAAAUUUUCUUUUGUUGAAGUCUGUUUGAAAAUGAUUACAAAGAAAAUAAAUGUUCCUGUUUUAUCACAGACAGUACUUGAAGCAGAAGCCCUAUUAAUGGUAAAUAAAUAAAGAAUUCUAAACAGAGGUCUUUGAAACCUAGGUGCCAAACAAAGUCCUGAAGGUGCCUGUCAAAGUCAGAGUUCCCAAUGAUAAAGAUACUAAGUUCGGUGAAGCCAAUUAUAAGGACGAACACAGAAUUAUUGCAUGUCCGCCAUGUCGCUACAUGGGAACAUCAUCAUCUUCUGGAAACACUGUGCCGGAGGUUCUGUGAUGUGAAUACUGGCACAGGCAGUGGUGGCAGUGUAGCACUGGCUCUAGAGCAAGUUCCUGAUGGGUAAAAUGUGAUGACAUCUGGCCCAGAAAGCCCACUAGGAAUGAAGAAACUGCUCAGGGCCCGAGCACUGGUCUAAAUACAGCACCAAGCAUAGGGAUGUAGCUUGUCUUACUUCCUGUCAUGUGGUCAGUAUAAGUAAAAUGUCUGUGGGGCCAGCACUUAGGUUGCCAUCUGGUGGCACCAAGUGAAGUGGCACAAUGAUUAGCUCUCUGGACUUGCAUUCAGGAGAAUGACAGUUCAAACCUGCCUCUGACCAUUGUUUACUGUGAUUUUCCUAAAUUGUUCAUGGCCAAUACCGGGAUGGUUCCUUUGAAGGAGCAUGGCCGAUUUCCUUCCCCAUCCUUGACACCAUCCAAGCUUGUGCUCUGACUCUAAUGACCUUGAUGUCGAUGGGGCAUUAAAUGUAAGCUCCCUCCCUCCCUCCCUAUGGUGGCUGUGUGGUGCAGUGCAGCUUUUGUAGAUCAUCUGCUAGGAAGCCAAAUGCCCGCAUAACUUGGAUGUAAUGUGUGUAACUGAGAGAGUAAAUGUAAACCCACCAUGGAGCACACUGCAUUCAUUGUGAAAUAAGUACUGCACUCUUGUAUAUUUUUUAAAAUUAAAUUCAUCUUCUGUGAACAUUAAUUGGUAAAUUAUCUUUGUGAAGUGUAUUUUUUUAAACAGUGAAAUUUUUGUGACAUCUAAUGAAGUAUUGAGGAGAUUAAUUAAUUAGUUUUAAUCAUAACUCAGUUAUCUUUGUCAGUGUCACUGUUUGUCUUGGUACCCACUAUUCUCUGCCACAUCUCACUUGUAAAGUUUCUGCUAACACUUUGAAGUCUAGCCAAUUAGAAAAAUUAUGGGCCCAGAUAUCUUGAAGAGCAAUACACACUAUAAAUAUCAAGCUGCAAGAUGUAUUUUUCAUCUUUAUUGAGUUCUGUAAUAUUGAAGCUGAUGAUGACAAAAGUAUAACUGUCCUUCCCAACAAAAAAAGAGUGGUGUGAGUUCUGUUAUAUGAAAAAGUCUGAAACAUUCUGGCAUGCAGAGAAGCACAUUGCAGUCAGGGCAAUACCAGCUUGUUUAUUUUCUGUUUGCUGUGCCUGUAGAUUGUUUAGUUUACUACAAAAAAAAUCCUGCAAACCCCUCUUGGAUGCUGCUUCACAUAAGUUGCAGGAAUUUUAUCUGGAAAGUGCCAUCCUAUAAGCCUGAUACUGAUAGUUGCACUAGUAACAGUUUCAAGAGCCAUUGUUGUGCCUUUCUGGAACAGUUUUUCUCCAGUUUCUUCAGACUAUUUGCACUUAGAUAUUUCUCUCUCCAGUCCAGAAUCAUUUAGUUCUUCCUGUAGAGUUCCAUAAUUGCUUACUCACUCAACCAGUGUGACUAUUUGCUGCAGAACAUCAAAAUCUAAUGAGUAAGUGCACAAAUCUCACAACAAUGCAAGCACACAAUACAUCAGUUGUGACAGCAGCUCUAACGUUUCCUACUGCAUCUAUCGAAGUAAAUCUAUAAAUUGACAACAGAGGGGACCACCUGUCAAAGAACAGGUAGUGAGAUGUCCUUACAUUGUGCUUGUACAAAAUUAAACCAGAUUUUGAGUGACAGGUGGCUUAAGCGUAGUGAAACAUUCCAGUCUUUUGAAUGCAGUGUAGUGGCCCAAGUUGUUUCUGGGCUUGGUUGCCAAAGUGUUAUCACUAUUUGGACAGUGUGCACGGAAUGUAAACUAUAUCUCACAGUAGUUACGAUCAUGUUAGAGAUCUUUAUAGUAGCAGUUAUGUUAAUCUCGGAAUAAAUAUUUCACUCUGCAGCAAUGUGUACACUGUAAUGAAACUUCUUGAUUUGUUAAAACAGAUCCCAGACUCAAAUAAGCUUCAUUGAACUUAUGGUGUAUUUCUAUGACCAUUUGAAAGUGAGACUCAUUAAAAAGGUAGUAUAGCAAUGUAACUACAAUCGUGGCCGUGGUUGAGCAGUAGAACAGCCGGCUGGGUUAUGUCAAAGUAAGAUCAUUAUGCACAAUAACACAGAACAUCAACAAUUACUGUACCUCAAAUACAAAGUGAAAAGCUGGGAAACUGUCUGGUGGAAACAAAAAUCUACAGAUUGUGUUGAAUAGUAAUAGGACUGUAGUUUAGUUUCACUCGCAUUUAACUACUAGUACAAAUGAAUGAAGUAAUUCUACACACACACACACACACACACA